AUGGGUCAAAUACUUUCAGCUCCAAUAACUGAAAAACAUUCAGAAAAAGGUGAAGAUAAAUAUUACGUCUAUGCCUUGUCAUGUAUGCAAGGUUGGAGAAUGUCAAUGGAAGAUUCUCAUACUACUGUAUUAAAUUUAAAUGCUUUAAAAACAAAAACCUUUGCUGAAGAUGAUGAAGACAUAAAAGAAGAUGACGAAGAAGAAGAAGAAGUCGAAGAACAAAAAGAAACCGAUCAUGUUGCAUUCUUUGGUGUUUAUGAUGGUCAUGGUGGUGAAAAAGCUGCUAUAUAUACUGGUGAUAACUUACAUCAAAUUGUGAAAAACACUGAAGCUUAUGCUAAAAAAGAUUAUAUCAAUGCCUUAAAAGAAGGGUUCUUAAGUUGUGAUCAACAUAUCUUAAGAGAUUGGAGAAUUGUUGAUGAUGAUAGUGGUUGUGCCGCUACUUCAGUCAUUAUAACUCCUGAUACUAUAUAUUGUGGUAAUGCUGGUGAUUCAAGAACAGUCAUGUCUAUAAAUGGUUUCGCUAAAGCUUUAUCAUUCGAUCAUAAACCAUCCAAUGAAGGUGAAAAGGCUCGUAUAUCUAAUGCCGGUGGUUUCGUUGAUAUGGGUAGAGUUAAUGGUAAUUUAGCUUUAUCAAGAGGUAUUGGAGAUUUUGAAUUUAAAAGAAAUAUUGAUUUACCUGCUGAAGAACAAAUUGUCACUGCUUUACCUGAUGUUUUAAAACAUAAUAUUAAUUUUGAUUCUGAUGAAUUCAUUGUAUUAGCAUGUGAUGGUAUUUGGGAUUGUUUAACCAGUCAAAGAUGUGUUGAAUGUGUUAGAAGAGGUAUAUAUGAAAGAAAACCUUUAACUCAAAUUUGUGAAGAAAUUAUGGAAUUAUGUUGUGCUCCAACCACUGAUGGUUCUGGUAUUGGUUGUGAUAAUAUGUCAAUUUCAAUUGUUGUAUUAUUAGAUUAUAAAAAUAAUGAAACUUUAGAUCAAUGGUAUGAUAAAAUUAUAUCAAGAAUUGAAAAAGUAAAUCAAGAAUUAUUAAUAUCAUCAUCAAAUAUAACCACCAAUACUACUUCAACAUCAGCAUCCAUAUCUCAUUCAACUUCAACUUCAUCUGAUGUGUCAUCAAAAUCAAUUCCAACUCCACAAUCAAGAACCACCACUCCAAGUUUUAAAUAUGGUCCAAUUUCAGCUCCUUAUGAACAAAUUUAUAAAGAUAUGUAUGGAGAUUUCUAUGAAUUAGGUCAAAGAGGAAAUCAACAAAAUAAUGGUAAUCAAAAUGGUAAUGGUAGAAGUCUUGGUGGAGGAUCACCAUUAUCUUCAAUUAGUAAUGGUGUUUUUGCUACUGGUAGAUCAUUUGGAAAUUCAAUUGAUGAUGAUUUAGAAGGUAGAUCAGCUGGUCAUGCUGAAGAUGAUGAUGAAGAUGAUAAUGGUGAUAUUUCAAGACGUGAAUUAAAUAAUGGUGCUAUAUCAUUACAAAAAUUAUUAGCUAGUAAUGCCAUUACUAAUGAAAAUGGAGUUAUAUAUUUAGAUACUUCAUCAGCUCAAUCUAUAUUAGCUCAUUUUGGUAUGGGUGAUGACUCUCCAUCAACUACCACCACAUCAAUUGAAGAAGAAGACGAAGACGAUGAUGAUGAAGAUGAAGAUGUUGACGAAGCAGAUGUUCAUGAAAAGCAUAUUGAAGAAGAAGAUCUUGAAGAUGAUUCUAAAAAUUAA